AUGACGAGGACGCUCCAGAACCGCCUUGCACUCGCAAACGUCAAGAUUAAGCAUGGCUGGGAGAGCCUCAGCCUGGAUACCCUGGAACCAAAAGUCGAAGUCGAGCUCAAGCGGAAGCGGCCCGGCUCCAGCAACGAGACACUGUCAGACACCUCCAGUGUCUCUGAACGCUUCUACCCGUAUGGCAUACCCGAUUCCUCUCCCCUCGCCGCUCCUAUAUUUUCCGACGAUGUUCGACGAUCCGGCAGUCGCACCAGUCGGUCUGGCAGCAGCCAAGGCAAGAGACCUCGCUAUACACAGUCCUUCACCAGAUAUCCCGGCACCAGCAAUCACAGCCGUACCAAAGUGCGUGCUUCAGCCUCGGGCUCAGCACACUGGAAGAGCAUGCACAGGCUGCCUGAAUCAUCCCCCGUAUACCACCGUCGACAUACCAGAUUCGGCACCGGCCACGCCUCCAGUCUUUCCUUCGUCUCUGAGACUUCGACCAUUCCCGACCAUCCUAGGUCACCUCUCCUGUCCGACGACGAUGACGACGACCUUCCCAUCACCUCGUUCCAAUUGACCAGUUCCCAUAUGCGCUCAUCGCCGCCCAGAGCUCCUCGCACUCCUUCACCAGCCAUUGCCCGCUCCGCCCGUACCGCUCGUCUACGAGAAGGCGGAUUGGCGGCUGCAGGCCCACCCCGCAAUGGCGAGGAAGAUGCAAAUCUGUUGAUCUAUCUGGCGGCAUCCCCCUCCCCCGCACACGCUUCCACCGCCAAAACCCUGAUGCCGGCUCCGUCCACGCCUCCUCCCAAGUCUACUCCGCUCCCCUCCUCCAUGAUGUCCACUCCAGGGGGAGGGGCGCCUUUCCCUGGCUUCGGCCUAACUACUCCUGGAAAUUUCAAUUUUGCCGAAUUCGUCAACAUGACGCCGAGUCCCGGCCAGAUCAAUGGGUCGUGGAACCGUACCCCAGCGACCAUCAAGACACCUGGCGCCACCCGCGAAGCCCGUCGUCGACUCAACUUCGAUCCUACCGAUAGCCCGCGCCUUGGUAUCGAACGCUCCCGUGGGGUCAAGGUGGAGGGACUGGGCAUGGACCUAGGCGGCGAACUCAGCGUACCCUGA